AUGGGACUCAAGAUGUGCGACAUUGGCAUGGGGCGGCAUGUGGAGGUGGUGUCAGCGGAGCAUUUGACAAUCUUCCUGAAACUUCUCUGGGCGGAGUAUUUCGUGUUUGACACGGGCACUUCGGUGGCCAAAGCCUCAGCCUUGUUCUUCUACUCGCGGCUCUUCAGCCAGGCUAAUACCCGCUUUCGAUAUUGCAUCUAUGUGGUGCAUGCAUUGAACGCCCUCUGGCUGGUGGGCAUUCUCCUCUCCGUCAUCUUCGAAUGCACGCCAAUUCAGAAGGUCUGGUACCCCACCCUGCCCGGUCGAUGUGAUAAUUCCCGCAUUCUAUGGAUGGGCAGUGGCAUUCCCAGUCUGAUCAUUGAUGUCUUCAUCCUGGUCCUUCCGGUGCCAAUGGUCCUGCGGCUGAAGAUGAAUCCCACCCGAAAGAUGCUGGCCAUCGGGGUGAUUGUGCUCGGUUAUUUGUGA